AUGGGCUUACAGACAGCCUUCAAGACACCGAUUGGCAUGUCUCCAUACCAAUUGGUGUUUGGAAAGGCUUGUCAUCUACCAGUGGAGCUUGAACAUAGAGCAUUUUGGGCUCUAAAGAUGUUAAACCUUGACAAUCAUGCUGCUGGGGAAGGAAGACAACUACAACUCAAUGAGCUAGAAGAAUUAAGAACUCACGCCUAUGAAAAUAUUAAAAUCUACAAGGAGAAAGCAAAAAAAUGGCAUGAUCAAAAGCUAACAAGAAGAGAGUUUGUAGAAGGUCAUAAAGCACUGCUAUACAACUCAAGGCUCAAGUUCUUCCCAGGGGAAGCUAAAGUCAAGAUGGUCUGGACCCUUCACAAUCCUUAA